AUGGGCACAGCGGGCGAUCGCCUGUUGGACAUUCCCUGCAAGGUGUGCGGCGAUCGCAGCUCCGGCAAGCACUAUGGCAUCUACAGCUGCGAUGGUUGCUCGGGUUUUUUCAAGCGGAGCAUCCAUCGCAAUCGGAUUUACACCUGUAAGGCCACCGGCGAUCUCAAGGGUCGGUGUCCGGUGGACAAGACCCACCGGAACCAGUGUCGCGCCUGUCGCCUGGCCAAGUGCUUCCAGUCGGCCAUGAACAAGGAUGCUGUGCAGCACGAGCGCGGUCCACGGAAACCGAAGUUGCAUCCGCAACUGCACCACCAUCAUCAUCAUGCUGCAGCAGCCGCCGCUGCAGCGCACCAUGCAGCAGCCGCACACCACCACCACCACCAUCACCACCACGCCCACGCAGCGGCCGCCCAUCAUGCGGCAGUGGCUGCAGCGGCUGCCUCCGGCCUGCACCACCACCACCACGCCAUGCCCGUCUCGCUGGUGACCAAUGUGUCGGCCUCGUUCAACUACACGCAGCACAUCUCCACCCAUCCGCCGGCUCCGGCGGCUCCGCCCAGUGGCUUCCACCUGACGGCCAGUGGCGCCCAACAGGGACCGGUGCCACCAGCUGGCCACCUGCACCACGGCGCCGCCGGACAUCAGCACGCCACGGCCUUCCACCAUCCCGGACAUGGACACGCGCUGCCGGCUCCACACGGCGGCGUGGUCAGCAAUUCUGGCGGCAACUCAAGCGCGAUCUCGGCCAGCGGACCCGGUUCCACGCUGCCCUUCCCCCCGCACCUGCUGCACCACAAUCUGAUCGCAGAGGCGGCCAGCAAGCUGCCGGGUAUCACCGCCACCGCCGUUGCGGCAGUGGUCUCCUCCACCAGCACGCCGUACGCCUCGGCGGCGCAGGCGUCUUCGACGAGCAGCAACAACCACAACUACUCCUCGCCCUCGCCCAGCAACUCCAUCCAGUCCAUCUCGAGCAUUGGGUCGCGCAGCGUUGGUGGCGAGGAGGGUCUCAGCCUGGGCAGCGAGAGUCCGCGCGUCAAUGUGGAAACGGAGACACCUUCGCCAUCGAACUCGCCGCCCCUGAGUGCUGGUAGCAUUUCGCCGGCACCCACGCUGACCACCUCCUCGGGAUCGCCGCAGCACCGCCAGACGUCGCGGCACAGCCUCAGUGAGGCCACCACGCCGCCCAGCCACGCCUCCCUCAUGAUCUGCGCCAGCAAUAACAACAACCACAAUAAUAACAACAAUAAUAAUGGGGAGCACAAGCAGGCGAGCUACACUUCCGGAUCACCGACACCCACCACGCCGACGCCGCCACCUGCGCGCGCUGCUAUAGGUUCCACGUGCAACACGGCCAGCAGCUCCAGUGGGUUCCUGGAACUGCUGCUCAGUCCGGACAAGUGCCAGGAGCUCAUCCAGUACCAGGUGCAGCACAACACGCUGCUCUUUCCGCAGCAGCUGCUGGACUCGCGGCUGCUCUCCUGGGAGAUGCUGCAGGAGACGACGGCGCGACUGCUCUUCAUGGCGGUGCGCUGGGUCAAGUGCCUCAUGCCCUUCCAGACGCUCUCCAAGAACGACCAGCACCUGCUGCUCCAGGAAUCCUGGAAGGAGCUCUUCCUGCUGAACCUCGCGCAAUGGACGAUACCGCUGGACCUAACGCCCAUUCUGGAAUCACCGCUCAUCCGCGAGCGGGUGCUGCAGGACGAGGCCACGCAGACGGAGAUGAAGACGAUCCAGGAGAUCCUGUGCCGCUUCCGCCAGAUCACACCCGACGGCAGCGAGGUGGGCUGCAUGAAGGCCAUCGCCCUGUUCGCCCCCGAGACCGCCGGCCUGUGCGACGUGCAGCCGGUGGAGAUGCUGCAGGAUCAGGCGCAGUGCAUCCUCUCGGACCACGUGCGUCUGCGCUACCCGCGCCAGGCCACCCGCUUCGGCAGGCUGCUGCUCCUGCUCCCCUCGCUGCGCACCAUCCGGGCGGCCACCAUCGAGGCGCUGUUCUUCAAGGAGACCAUCGGCAAUGUGCCCAUUGCGCGGCUACUGCGCGACAUGUACACCAUGGAGCCGGCCCAGGUGGACAAGUGA